GGUUGGGCAGGCCAAAAAUAGACUUUGAAAGAGAAUCAUGAUGGGAAGAGUCCAAGAGGAGAUUGAAGUGAACGUUGGAGCAGAUCAAGCAUGGAAAUUGUAUGGCUCGCUUGAGCUUCCAAAUCUUUUGAAAGAAAAACUGAAAAACAUCAUCCUAACAUUAAACAUUCAAGGUGAUGGAGGUGUCGGCACCAUCAUCGAACUCGUGCUUCAACCAGGGAUAAUGGGAUUUAGUUCAUACAAGGAGAAAUACACUAAGGUUGAUGAUGAGAAUCGAGUUAAAGAAACUGAGGUUGUGGAAGGAGGAUAUUUGGAUAGCGGGUUCAAUCUCUAUCGAGUAAGGCUCGAAGUGAUCGAGAAAAGCAAGAGCAGUUGUAUAACGAGAGCCACUAUAGAGUAUGAUUUAAAGGAAGAGUUUGCAGCCAAUGCUUCAGCAGUAAACAUUCAGCCUUUGGUCUUGGUCAUGCAAGCUGCUGCAGAUCAUCUCCUUGCCCAAAACCCAUAAAUAAAUGUAUUAUUUUGUGCUACUAAAGUAAGAAUAAAAGUUGUCAAAU